UACCUACCUUGGAAAAUUUUUUAUUUGUGUUUCUUUAGUGCUUAUUAAAGUGGUAUUAAUUUAAGUUAGAUAAAGGAUAAGUAACGUAAAAAUGGAAGACUUUAAAAUGACACCCGAAGAUAUGAAAAAGCAACGCAAUGAAUUGAUACAGAAAAUGAAGGAAUUUAUUGAAAAAGUUCAAAUGCUAUCAUGGAAUUUACAACAAAAUUUUAUCGAUCUUUAUUUUAAUUUCACACCGACAAGAAGUUUGGAGCAAUUAAAUUAUAAAAACCGAAAAGAUAACAUAUUUUCAGAGUAUGAAAAAUUACACGAAGAAAUAACAACGAUUCGCGAAAAACUUGAAAAUAAAUAUAAAACAGAAGAUUUUAUCAAUUACUGUGAUAAAUUAAAUGAAUCAAUUAAUAAUUUAAGAGAUCUUUGCAUCGUCGCGGAAGGAAAAUCAGUACUUGAGAAAGCUAACCAUGAGUUGGGAAGAUACAACUACUGCGAUGCAAUAUUAAGUGUACGGGAUUUACUUUCAAAACUGCGAUCUUUAAAAUAUGAAGGAAAUAUGUCUAAAGCUCUAUCUAAUCUAUCUGCACAAGCUGAAAAUCAAAUAGCAGUUUAUACAGCUAAUUUAAGCAUAGAAUGGGAAGAAAUUUUUACUUGGACAGAGAGGAAAGGUGUUAAUCAGCUCACAUACUCUCUAUGUGUACAACAAAGUGAUCCAAUAUUGAUACAAAAGAUAUUAAAAUCACUGUAUUCCACUGAACGUCUUAAUGUGGAACUUGGUUUAUUUUCUGAUUUCUUUAUAAAUAAGUUGCUUCAUAAUGUAGUAAGGCAUAAUUGUGACAUAUUCACAGAUGAUCAUGUAGGAGCACUUAUAUUUAACAUAAAAAUAGAUCUAAGUGAUCCUAAGAAACCAAAUUUUCAAACAAUAUUCAACAAUUUAACAGCUGUGUUUGAAUUUUUGCAAUCAACCCUUGGAUCGAAACUAGAGGCAGAUAUGACAUUUAUUGAAGUGUUCGCUAAAUCUAUAAGAUCAAGUUUCUUUACAAAAAUAAUAGAAGAUUGCAUCAGAAACAACUUGCCGUCUUGUGACAGUAGUUAUCAGAACUAUAAAAACAUUGUUAUUGAGCUGGAUUCAUUCAACAAGUUUCUGAUAGAUUUGAAGUUUGUUGAGGCGAACAAAUCACCUCUAAAUAAAUACAUCAAUGACACAGAAUGUGUGCUUUAUAAUAAAAAGUGUGAUAAACUUUUGUAUGAUGUUCGUAAGCUGUUGCAUGAAAGUUUGUCCUACGGCACAAUAACUGUAGGCACAGUCACAGAAAUGGAAAAUGAAUCCAUUUUAGAUGUAACACAAAAGGACUUUGUGUAUGAUUUAAACAGCCCACUCUUUCUGCCAAAAUGUGUAAUAUCACAGAAUGUUAAGAAGAUAAUGACUAUUAUUAUAGAACAUUUGGAAGAGAGUGUUAAAUUGCCAGAAAAGUACAGCAAUCAACUCAUUGUAUAUAUAAAGGAUAUUGCUGUUAUGUAUCAAUGCCUUGUGCCGAAAAAGUUUAGAGUUAAUCUUGAAUGUUGUCCAUUAGACAUAGCAUUAUUCUUCAACAAUUGCUUCUACUUAGCACACAGUUUACUCGGACCUCCAUGGAAGAUUAUUCUACCAGAUUCCUUGGCUGAUCUCCUUAAUAUUGCCUUAUUGGAAUGUAUACAGGACUUACGUCUAGUUGGUUUAGAAAAAAUAUCACUUUAUUUACAAAAUCAACGGAACAUCAUUAUAGAGAAAGUUGAAGCAAAUGAGCUACCGUGGUCCCUCGACUCCUACGACACGUUCAACUACGCAAUAAACAACUCCAUAACCUUGAUGAAGGAACUAAAGAGCUGCUGGUACAAUAUCCUCCCCUCUCGCAUGUACCAACUCUCAAUCUGUACUCUGAUACAAACCUUGUGCCAAACCAUGCUCGCUAGAAUAUUUGUGGACAUUAAACCUGUGGACGAAGAACUUAUUUACAUGUUAGCGAUCCGAUUCGAAGAUACCGUAAAGGAGAUAAGAACUUUGUUUGAGGAGCCUAUAAAAUUCGAAACAAAAGUCGAAGCAUGGAGAAAGUUCGUCAAAAUGCCUCAGUUACUAAAAGCACAGCUUUUAGAAAUAGCUGAGAUCUGGAAAACAGAUAAGGAAUUAACGGAAACAUACACUUGUGAGGAGAUCCGGCAAAUCGUCAAAAUCCGCUUCCCUGAUGAUAAAUAUAGGCUGAAAAUUUUAAAAGAAAUAGAAUGAUUUAGAAAUA